UCGACUAUGAACUUUGUUGCACGUUUAACGUUAGCAGAGCAACCUGCCUGCAAGUUACGGAGCUAGUCAGGCAAUGUGGAAAAUAUGUUUAAUAAUCAGGGCAUUCAACCCGUAACUGUGGUCUUUAACAACGCAAAAAACUGCUUUCUCCACCUCCCCCCGAAGCUUAUAUCGCAUCUUUCCCUGAAUGAGAACCAAGCUUUGGAGUUAUCAUGGAGCCAUGGGUCUCCGUUGUUCCUCAGCUGGACUCAAAACAGAACCUCCUCCAGCUUCGACAGCCAUAAAGUGGAGUUGUGUCGGCAACUAGGAGAAAAGCUGGGCCUGAAAGAUGGAGAGCAGGGCUUCCUGAGACCAUGUCACCAGGUCUCAUCAGUGCAUCAAGUGUUUGUGGAGCCUCUGUCGUCUGAUGACUGGGAGAUCCUAGAGCUUCACAGUGCUGCACUGGAGCAGCAGCUGUUAGAUCAGAUCAGAGUGGUGUUCCAAGAUGCUGUCUUUCCUGUGUGGGUGGACAGUCACACAGCCAUCUACAUCCGAAUAGCAUCACUUUUGCCAUCUGUGCCCUAUGGUCGACUGGAGCAGUUCACAGAACUAGUUGUCUCUCCGAAGACUCGUGCUGAAAUUAGUGACCUCAGUGGUUCUCCGGUGAGGAGCAGUGAGAAACAGCAUCUUCAUAGACAGCAGACCUCAGGUCUCUCCUCCUCCUCGGGACAGACAUUAGAAAAUACCACUCAUGUCCCUCAAAACCACCAGUGGGGUGGCAUAGCUGACCUGAGGAGCCUCCUGCGCUAUUUGAUUAAGGGCACAUAUGACACGGUUAAAGAACUACCACCAGUACCUGGCAUCCCUCCCCUUCUCACUGACUCUAUCUACAGAGUGUGCGGUGCACCUCCUGACCCUCUUUGCUCCAUAAGCCACGUUUCAACUGCUGUUAUUCAUUUAUUUCCUUGGCGGCAUGGACCAAAUGCUGGACUAACUGGAGGUCAGUCUCCCAUGACAUAUGGCCUACUCUCCAAAGUUCCUUCCCCUAAAGAAACUAGGGACAGAGCCAAGCAGGCCAUGGAGAAAAAGAAGAACACAGGAGUUACUCAAGCUGCUGCUUCUGUGGAUGGAGGCAAAGAUAUAAAAGAAGAGGAGGAAGUCAUGGUGGUCAGGGUGGUGUGCCAUUGUAUUGAGAAGCUAGCAGGAGAACAAAGGAGUCCCAGCAAGGGAGAGAUCCACAAUGGAAGAGUAUGGAUCCCACUGCCCCUGGCCAUCAGGUUGAAUAUCAUGCCUCAUUCAACGGUUAGAAUUAAGCCAGUGAAAUCGACCAUCAAAGUGGCCACCGCUAUUCGUCUACAGCCUCUAAAACCACUGCCUGAGGAGGAUGAUGAGGAGAUCCAGACAGCUUUCCUUGGUUGGCUGCACACUCAGAGUCAUGAACCUUUGGCCUGUCUGAUUGCACGGUCUGGCACCAUCCUCCUACAUGGAACUGAUGCAAAGUUAGACUUUGCUUUAACUGUGCUGAAGCCAGAACCAGUGAGUGAUCCUCCAGACCAGCUGUUUCUACUCGCGCACAGUCUUAUCCAGAAGGAAGACAUACAGGUAGACAGAGAGCUAGUAACCAUGCCAGCUGUGAAAGCUGUAUCUGAAACAACCAACCCAGAGCUUCCCUCCCUCAGUAUUCUUGGUGGGAUUGAUGAGCUUAGUAGGACUGGAUUUGAGUUCAUCUCCCACAGCCUUCUGGGUACUCCCCUCUCGCGAGAGCUUGGUACCACUGGACAGGGACUCCAAGGAGGGGCUCUACUCAUUACUGGUGCUAAGGGGAGUGGAAAGAGUGCUCUGUCCUGGGCCCUCUGCAGGAAAGCUAGAGAAGAUUUGGAUGCACAUGUGGAGGUGGUGGACUGCAGGAAGCUACAAGGUAAAAGGGCAGAAACCGUGAGACAGAUGCUGCAGGAUAUUUUCGAACAGGCGGAGUGGAGGCAGCCUUCAGUUGUUCUUCUUGACGACCUGGAUCAUGUGACAGGGGCACCAACCUCACCUGAACAUGAGCAGGGGCCUGAGGCGUUGCUGCAGCAGCUCAUUGCACAAAGUCUGAAGGAUGUGGUGGAUGAGGUGGUGGUCCACUCCAGCCUUGUGUGUCUGAUCAUCACCAGCCAGAGUGAGCACUCUCUCCACCCCUCGCUGACCGAAGUGCAGGGGUCCCAUUUCAUCCAGGGAUUUGUGAACAUCCAACCACCAAACCAGGCCCAGAGAGCAGAGAUCCUGCGCCAUCUGAUCCUCAGAAAGUCCAGUCUGUCUGAGGAGACUUUACAAGUUCUUGACCUGGUGGCCGUUGCCAAGGAGACAGAGGGUUACACACCUCAAGACUUGGUACUGCUGUUGGAGCGAGCUGUCCACGCUAACACUGUACAAAGAGGAAACAGUGACCAGGGUGUGUGUCUGUUGUGGAGGGACUUUGCUCAGGCUCUUAAAGGGUUCACACCUCCCUCGCUAUGGGGGGUAGACCUCCACACCCCAUGUGGUCAUGGGUUGGAGAAGGUGGGAGGGCUGAGAGAGGUGCGACAACAGCUAAUGGACACCAUACUGCUCCCUGCUAAGUAUCCCAUCCUUUUCUCCAAUCUUCCUAUCCGCCAUCGCUCAGGAGUACUGUUGUAUGGAGCUCCUGGUACAGGGAAGACCCUGCUGGCCAGGGCUGUAGCUAAGGACAGUGGUAUGAACUUCAUCAGCAUCAAGGGACCUGAACUUCUGAGUAAGUACAUUGGAGCCAGUGAGCAGGGAGUACGUGAUGUCUUCCAGAGGGCACAAGCAGCCAAGCCAUGCAUCCUGUUCUUUGAUGAGUUUGACUCUUUGGCCCCCAGGAGGGGCCACGACAGCACAGGUGUAACUGACCGUGUGGUCAACCAGCUCCUCACCCAGCUGGAUGGCGUGGAGGGACUGCAGGGUGUUUAUGUGCUCGCAGCUACCAGCCGUCCAGAUCUGAUUGACCCAGCCCUUCUGAGACCUGGACGACUGGACAAGUCCCUCUACUGUCCACCUCCUGAUCUGGAGUCUCGUGUGGAGAUCCUCAAGGCUCUGACUUCCGGUGUGCCCCUGGCCGCUGAUGUGGACCUGCAGCAGCUGGCAGCUGCAACAGAGCAGUUCACUGGGGCAGACCUGAAGGCCCUGCUCUACAACGCACAGCUGGAAGCCAUCCACAACAGCUUGGGCACCAGCACACCCCAUGAGCUUGCCUCUGGCUCAGACAGCGACAUGAGCCUGUCCUCCAUGAUCUUCCCAAACAACAGCAGUGGCUCAGAUUACUCAGUGGGGGACGGAGACCCAGGCAUGAGUUUGGACCAGUCCAUGGUUCUCCUGGAGCCUGAUGAGCUCCAAGCAGAAGAUGAUCAACAUCGCAGCAAUGUCUGGAGACUCUACUUUGGAAGCUCCUACGAGUCAGAGUUGGGGAAUUCACCGAUUUCAGGACUGAACUCCCAUUGCGUAUCUGGACCCAACUCCAUGACCCAGGACUGUACGGGGGCAUCAGUUCGGGAACCCAGCGGCUCUCUCCCUCCUUCCUACAUGUCAUCCCUCCAGAGUGGAUAUGAAGAGCUGAGCCCAGAGCAGUUGGAGCGCCUACAACAAGACAUUAACAACAUCAAGAACAACUACAGGAGAGCUAAUGAGGAGUGUGUCCGGGUUCAUUCAGCCUCCAUCCAGCCGGGCCUGUUGCUGUGUCAGGCUCACGUGAACUCCGCCCUGGCUGCCACCAGACCGUCUCUCAGCAAGUCUGACUGGAACAGAUACACAAAACUGUAUGAAGGCUUUGGUGGUUCAGGAGAUGGAAAAUCUCUUCAUUCUGUCACAUUUAAACCCGGGCAACGUGUGACUUUAGCUUGAACAAACACAUUAGUGUGACUCACCUAAUCCCCUGUUUUGAUGUUUAUUAAUAAAAGUGGUGACGCACCGAUAAUUAAUUUAACAAUCAGUGGAGUCUGAGCUCUAAAGACAAUUGUUGUAAAUUAAUAUUAUGUUUGAAUAAACUGUUUUCUACUUGAUUAUGAAUAAGACAUUUAUCUACUUAAAAUGUAAUUACUGUACAUAUGUGUAAGGUCAAGAUUAUAAAAUAUAGAAUUGUUGGAAAUAAAAAUGGACAA